UAAAAAGAAAUAGACACUUUUUAUCACAAAAAAAAUAAAUUAGACACUUCUCUCUAUCUUAAUCUUUCACUUCCCCCACUCUAUUUAUACCCAAUUGCCCCUUCCAUGUUUCCCCUCCCAAAUUCUCUCUUCACUUUCAAUCUCAUUUUCUUUCUUUCUUUCUUUCUUUCUUUCUCCAUGAUCAUUUCAUUUCUUUAUAAUUAAUUAUUCUCUUUAAGAAAUCAUCCAUGAUCAUGGCACCUUCUUCACUAGCACUCAACUCUAGCACAUGGGUUACUAGUAAUAAUAAACCUCAUCAAUUCUCAAACUCACUCUCCUCUUCAUCUUUUCUUGAUUUGGGCUUAUACAACAAAAAGUCCACCCUAAAGUUGAAGAAGAAGCCCAAUAGAAAAGUAGUUGAAUGUGCUCUCCACUCUCCUUCAGUAUUUGAUUUCCCAAAACAACCCUACAAACAGCCCUUAAUUACCAAAGAAAAUGUCCCAAACAAACCCAAAAAAGACACACAGUGGAACCCAAUACAAAAAGCAGCAGCAAUGGCAUUAAACAUGUUUGAAAGCGCGUUACUUUCACGCGAGUUACAACAACCACUUCCAAAAACCUCGGACCCAAGAAUUCAAAUCGCCGGAAACUUCGCUCCAGUGCCAGAACAACCCGUAGUUCACUCUCUUCCUAUCACCGGCACAAUUCCAGAUUGUGUAAACGGCGUUUAUGUCCGUAACGGCGCGAACCCAAUGUUCGAGCCAGUUUCUGGUCACCAUCUUUUCGAUGGUGACGGCAUGGUUCAUGCCGUUACCAUCAAUGACGGUGUUGCAAGUUAUGCAUGCCGUUUCACUGAAACAGAGAGACUAGUCCAAGAGCGAGAAUUAGGCCGAGCUGUGUUUCCGAAGGCCAUUGGAGAACUCCAUGGCCAUUCAGGCAUCGCAAGGCUUCUUCUCUUUUACGCUAGAAGUCUUUGCGGUAUAGUUGAUCACCGGAAUGGCUCCGGUGUUGCUAACGCCGGCCUUGUCUUCUUCAACGGGAAACUCCUUGCUAUGUCGGAAGAUGAUCUUCCUUAUGAACUGAAAAUCACUCCCUCCGGUGAUCUUCAAACUAUUGGCCGUUAUAGCUUCCUUGAUCAGCUUCAUUCCACAAUGAUCGCACACCCGAAAAUCGACCCUGUCUCCGGUGAACUCUUUGCAUUGAGCUACGACGUAGCUAGACCUUAUAUCAAAUACUUCCGUUUCACACCCGACGGAGUAAAAUCACGGGACGUUGAAAUUCGUCUUCCAGUACCAACAAUGACGCAUGAUUUCGCGAUCACUGAGAAUUUCGUAGUAAUCCCAGAUCAUCAAGUUGUGUUCAAGCUUGAAGAAAUGAUCAGAGGUGGUUCUCCGGUGAUAUUCGACGGAGCAAAGAAAUCGAGAUUUGGAGUGCUUCCAAAGUAUGCAAAAGACGCUUCUAGCAUCAUUUGGGUUGAAUCACCAGACACGUUUUGUUUCCAUUUAUGGAACGCAUGGGAAGAACCAGAAAAUGAUGAAGUUGUUGUUAUUGGUUCGUGCAUGACGCCACCGGAUUCAAUCUUCAACGAAAGCGAUGAAAAUUUGAAAAGUGUUUUAUCAGAGAUAAGGUUGAAUCUAAAAACAGGGGAAUCAACUCGCCGAACCAUCGUUCAGAAUUUGAAUUUAGAAGCUGGGAUGGUGAACCGGAACCGGCUCGGUAGAAAAACCCGGUUCGCUUAUUUGGCAGUAGCUGAACCGUGGCCCAAAGUAUCCGGGUUCGCUAAGGUUGAUCUUGUAAGUGGGGAGGUGAAGAUUCAUAAGUAUGGAGAUGGAAAGUAUGGUGGAGAACCGUUUUUUUUACCAUCAGGGGGGUGUGAAAAUGAAAAUGAAAAUGAAGAGGAGGAUGAGGGGUACAUUAUGGCGUUAGUGCAUGAUGAGAGGAGGUGUAAAUCAGAAUUAGAGAUAGUAAACGCCGUGAACAUGAAAGUGGAAGCAACCGUUAAGUUACCUUCUAGAGUGCCAUAUGGUUUUCAUGGCACGUUUGUGGAAGCUAAGGAUUUGGCGUUACAAUGAGACACAAACACAAUGGUAAAAAAUUCCAAAAUAGAAUAAGACAAAAAUAAAUUUCUGAAAAAUAAAGAAAGAAAGAAAAAGGGAAUGGGGAAUAUGACAAGAGGGAUUUGCAUAUAUCCCCGGGGUUCUCCUGAACAAAGAUUUUGUUGGUAUUAGUUAAAUAUUAAUAUUUAGUUAUAAUUACUCUCAGCACAUAUUUUCAGGAAUCAGCUUGUAGCUUUGUAGUACUCAUGUGUAUUAAGUAGAUGAAGCUCAGCUGCUUUCUGUUUCUGUUUCUUUUUCUUUUCUUUUCUUGUAUUUAACUUAUUUACCAGUAAAUUACUUUCUUCUUAUUUGAAUUUUCAUUUUUUUUUUCUGCACAUGCUUAUUCUUCUCCUUUUGUCUGCAUGCGUUGUGUUCUUUCCAAGUCAAUAUUAGAACGUCUCGCAAGUCAUCAUAGUAAUAUUGACUCAUCU